GAGAAGACCCAUAGUAAAGGGAAGACCUCUCUCUCUCUCUCUCUCUCUCUCUAUUCACCACUACUUCUGCUAAUCCAGACCUAGUUCAUACACUUCUUCGAUUAAACCCUAUAAUAUAUAUCGAGAGAGUCUGGAAGAUCCAAAAUGGUUUUUGAUCCUUUACCUGAACAGAAUGCACCCUCUUCCGCUCGCCGAAAGGUGAUUCAUGAGCUGGUUCAAGGGCGCGAUUUGGCUAAUCAACUUCACAGCUUGCUCUCCAGGUCCGACCAAAACGACAGCGUUUCGGCCGAAGAUCUGGUCAGCAAGAUAAUGGACUCCUUCACCAACACCCUUUUCAUGUUGAGCACAGACAAUAACAGUGAUCAGGCUGCUGCAACUGCUCAUGGUCACGGUGUUGGUGAUAAUGGUGAUGAGAUCUACGACGACGAUUCUCGACUCCAACCCAGUACUUCUCGUAUUGAUCAUUCUCUCUGUUUGGAGGGCAGGAAAUCUGAAGAUUCCCAGGAAAGUUGCAGGAGUACUUCUGUAAUUUCAUCAACCACUCAUUUGAAGGAUCGCAGGGGCUCUUACAAGAGAAGAAAGACCUCUCACACAAUGAAAAGAGAGACCUCAACUCUGAUUGAUGAUGGGCAUGCAUGGAGAAAAUAUGGCCAAAAAGUCAUUCUUAAUGCCAAACAUCCCAGAAACUAUUUCAGGUGCACUCAUAAAUUUGAUCAAGGGUGCCAAGCAACGAAGCAAGUUCAGAAAAUAGAAGAUGAACCCCAUCAAAUGUAUCGGACCACAUAUUAUGGGAACCACACAUGUUCAAGCGUCAGCAAAUUAUUAGCUCCUGAACUCAUCUUGGACUGUGCUAGCAGUCCUAGCCAUGGCUCUUCUGUUCUUCUGAGCUUCAACAACGCCGAUCAUAAUAAUAAUAAUUUCGUCUCCAAACAACUACUCACUCAUCCAUUUUUCUCUUCGGUCAAACAGGAGUUUAAUGACAAUAAUAACUACCAAGCAUCGUCUUCGGAUUACAAUAAUAAUAAUAUUGUCUCGUCUGAUCAUCAUGAUGGCAAUAAUCGUUUGACUACAGCAAUUGAUCAUCGGGCUCAGGCUGGUUUGGAAUCUGAUGAUCACCACAAUGAUAUUCAUGGAGAUGAUGAGAUAGGUAUGGACAUAUUCGAUGAUGUAUUGAAAUCAUUUCAAUUCGAAUGAUCCCUAUCCAGCUAGCUAGCUAGUUUUUUUUUUUUUUUUUGAAUAAUAUUGUAGAAAAAUAAUCAGAUGAAAUGUACUUGUUGAUCUAGUUUCUCAAUUUUUGUCUAUAUAACGAAAUAUAUGUAUGUACUUGUUGAUUA